AUGGUCGCCCAACUGAACAUCACUGAGGCUGAGAAACAAGCAGAAACUCUGGCACCUGGAGCGCCUGCUGAUAAUAGGAACCAGGAGAAUGUGAAAGAUAAGAAGAAGAUGAGCAAGGAAAGUAUGACGUCAGAGAAAGGAAGUACCAAAGGGGGAAAGAACCAAAAACAGAACAACCUACACAAGAAAGAGCAUCAGAAGAAUACACCUGAGAUGAACAAGCAACAAUCUCACAGCCAUGGAUCCAAUAAGGCCCCGAGAGUGGACUUAACCGAGAAGGAGCAGCCUCAAAUCCAGACUACCUUGGCACAAACAGUGCAAAAAGAUGAUAGAACAAACAAAUCAAAGGGGGAGGGGAAACUUGCAUCUGGUUCCAAGAAAUCAGGAAGUGAGAAGGGCUCAACCAAAGAAGCAAGAGUGGGAAGCCAGCCAAAAACGAAGACACCAACCUCAAGCAAUACAUUGAGGAAAGAAUUCACCACUAGCUCAGGGGAAAGUAACAGCAAAGGAAGAAAGAUCAUAUUUUCCCCAAAGCAAGUGAAUGGUAAGUCCUUGCCAGAAAAUGCACAACCUUCUCCUACCAUUCCUAUGGAAUGUACAGCAGGGGAAGAUGAGGUUGCUAUGGCCGUCGAUCUUUGUUAA